AUGAAAUCAGCAAAAAUUACCGAUGAUAGGACGAUUUGGGUUCGCAAAAUGUUUCAACGAAAUCUCAAGGAUGGAACAACUUUUGAUAAUCUUAUGAAAGAUCUGGUAAUAACAAAUACGGCAGAUGGUAAAAUUAGCGCUGAAAUGCUUAUUCAAGAACAUCAUCUGAAUCGCAGACAAUUAAUUCAUGGAGGAAUGUUGGCAUUGAUGACUGACGUUUGUGGAAUGCUAGCUGUAUACUCUAAAGGAAUGCACAAUCCAGGAAGUAGUACAGAUAUAAAUAUUUCAUAUCUCAGUUCAGUUGGAAAUGGAGAUACUUUACUUAUGGAUGCAGAAUGUAUAAAGCUUGGUAAAAACCUCGCGUUUACCAUUGUAGAGAUACGCAAUAAAGCCGAUAGAAAAGUGGUAGCUCAGGGUAGACAUACUUUGUUCGUUGCUAAUGCUCAUAAUGACCCUGAAAAUUUGUUUAAGAUUGUACACGCAAAAAUGUAA